GCCUCUCCUCCCCGCCGCCGUCGCUGCCCGCUUUCCUUUUCGCUUCCUCCCCAAAGCCAAAAGACAACCACGCGACUCUGAGCAGACGCUGAUUUGGCAGUGUCCACCCUAAUCGGGAUACUCCUCGCAGCCGUCGUCUGGUGCGGAGCCUACCUCGCCGCCGCCAUCUCCUCCGCCUUCUAAUCUCCCCUCACUUCCCUCUUCUAACCCUAACCCCCCUUCUCCCCUCGCCCCCCCCCUCCCCUUCUCUAAACCUUACUCCAGACCAAACACCUCCACCAAUCACUGUGCCGUCAUGGGUUUCGCGCAGCUCGUCAUCGGCCCCGCCGGCAGCGGCAAGUCGACUUACUGCUCCGGUUUGUAUCAACAUUGUGAGACGGUGGGCAGGAGGAUUCAUAUGGUCAAUCUGGAUCCAGCUGCAGAGCACUUCAGCUAUCCUGUAGCUACUGAUAUUAGGGAGCUCAUAUCGUUGGAUGAUGUCAUGGAGGAGCUUGGGAUGGGACCAAACGGCGGGCUCAUCUAUUGCAUGGAGCACCUUGAAGAUAAUUUGGACGAUUGGUUGGAUGAGCAAUUAGAGAACUAUUUGGAUGAUGACUAUCUUGUGUUUGAUUGCCCAGGCCAGAUUGAACUCUUUACCCAUGUUCCAGUUCUUCGUAACUUUGUUGAGCAUCUGAAACGGAAAAAUUUCACUGUUUGCGCUGUGUACCUUCUCGAUUCGCAGUUUGUCAGUGAUGUAACAAAAUACAUUAGCGGCUGCAUGGCUUCUCUUUCAGCCAUGAUUCAGCUUGAACUUCCUCAUAUCAACAUCCUUUCAAAGAUGGACCUGGUUUCCAACAAAAAAGAUGUGGAAGAGUAUCUAAAUCCUGAGGCACAGGUUCUUCUUUCACAGCUGAAUCGACAUAUGGCACCUCGGUUCGGCAAGUUAAACAAGGCUUUAGCUGAACUGGUCGACGAUUACAGCAUGGUGAAUUUCAUACCACUUGACUUGAGAAAGGAGAGCAGCAUUCAAUAUGUGCUGUCAUGCAUCGACAACUGCAUACAGUAUGGGGAAGACGCCGAUGUGAGGGUUAGGGACUUCAUUCCUGAGGAAGACUGAUCAUUUGAUCAUGCAGAAACCGCGAACUGGUUGGUAUCAUGUAGUGGCAUGGGAGGGGAACAUGGUAAGAACAGCAGAAGUCUCACCUGAUAUGAAUUUAUCGUUAGACCAAACAAAGCAGAAUACAUAUGCAAGCUUGUGUAAAUCAGCUUUUAUAUGCUUCUGUAGUAGGGAAGUUGCUUGUAAAAAUGCUGGUCUGGAGCUUUUGGACGGUGUUAAACAUGAGUAGUAAAUGUUUUGACAGCAACAUUUGUAGUAAACGCUGCGUGCUUUAAUGACACUAAUUCUGUUUGAUUUCGGGGAUU